AUGUGGAGGGCCCUGUUUUCCGCUCUGUACCUGCUGGGUAUUUUCUUUGAGAGCUGCAGAGGACGGAAGCUGCCAGCGUUUCAAGAAGGGGAGAAGUGUCCACUACUGGAGAAAGAAAAUCUCCGGCUGGACCACAGCAGUGAUGAAUUCGUAAAUAUAACUGGAUUUAACCUAAUCAAAAGGUUUGGUCUUCUGAAGACCUCAUCGGUGAAGAAGAUACGCAAUCCCAAAGGUCCGAUGAUCCUCCGAUUAGGCAACACUUCCUUGGUUCAUCAGGCAAACUCUCCCUGGGGAUCAACAGCAAGGAGCGGAGUCUGGAGUUCCAGGCCAAGGACCGUCAUGGGGAAGUGAUUGGCGUAGUCUUUGCUGGCAAAGGCAUCACCUCCCUUUUUGACUUGAAGUGGCACAAAAUGGCAGUCAGCAUUCAAACCCAAGUGAUCUCGGUCCAUGUUGACUGCAGCUACAUCUCAUCUAAGCCUCUGCAGCUGCGCCAGCGGUUGGUCAGCAAUGGCAAUGCAUUCGUGGGGCUGGAGGCAGUGCGUGGGACUCCGGUGAUGUUUGACAUUCAGCAGCUGCACAUCUACUGUGACCCAGCCAUGGCAAUGCAUGAGGGAUGUUGCGAGAUCUCCGACAAUGGGUGUUUUCCAGAAGCCUCCAAAACACGUCGGGAUGUAGAAGUUAUGGAGAACAAUGAAUUGAUUGAGAUCAACCCCCAAACAGAAGGCAAAGUUUACACCCGCUGCUUCUGCCUAGAAGAACCUCAAAACAAGCAGGAGGUGAGAGCCUCUGGGAAGGUUGCUAUGAAAGGAGAUCAAGGAGAAAAGUGUCCUCCAUGUGAGAAGGGGUCAUCAUAUGCAAAUGCUACCCUGGGACCUCCUGGUGUGAAGGGUGGGAAAGGCGAACGGGGAUCUCCAGGAAUCUAUGGAUCCAAAGGAGAGAAAGGUGAUCGUUGUGCCGAAGGCCCAAGAGGGGAGAAAGGAGACUCAGGAGAAAAGGGGCUUCAAGGAUUGAAUGGCACUCACGGGCAAAAAGGACAGAAGGGUGAGAAAGGUGACUUUGGACUUCACGGGAAACCAGGCGCCCCUGGGCGAGAUGGCCGACCUGGAGAACUGUGUUUGGUAGGACCCAAAGGCCAAAAGGGUGAUCCAGGUUUUGUUGGCCCUGAAGGGCUUGCUGGAGAACCAGGACCUCCAGGCUUGCCAGGCCCAUCUGGAAUUGGCCUUCCAGGAAAACCGGGUGAUCCUGGUGGUCCCCCAGGUUUGAAAGGAGAGAAGGGAGGUUCAGGAUCUCCAGGGGACAGUGGAUCUCCUGGGAAGCCAGGCAAACCAGGGACUCCAGGCCUGAAAGGCGAAAAGGGUGAUCCAUGUGAAGUUUGCCCUGUUAUUACUGAUGAAAAUUUAAUUGGCCUCCCUGGGAAUCCAGGAGCCAAAGGAGAACCCGGACCACCUGGAAAACCUGGCAAAUCAGGGGACCCUGGGAUUAAUGGCAUUAAAGGAGAAAAGGGAGAUGCUGGACUUUUUGGACCUAUGGGAAAACCUGGAAUCCAAGGAAAUAAAGGGGACACUGGAGGUCCAGGAGUCAAAGGCGAGAAGGGUGAAUCGUGCACAUCCUGCUCUUCACUCGAAGGUGGACCGGUUACAGUGAGUGUCCCUGGACCCCAGGGUGAAAAGGGUGAACCGGGACUCCCUGGGAUCGGACUUCCUGGAAAACCAGGAGUAGCUGGAGAAGCUGGACUAAAAGGCCAGAAGGGUGAUGGAGGAAACCCAGGUGAUCCGGGCACACCUGGCGAAGCGGGUGUACCUGGCCUUUCUGGGGAGCCUGGCAUCAGAGGACCAGCAGGGGUGAAAGGUGAAAAGGGAGAUGCUUGUGAGUCAUGUCCCAUCAUCAGCCCAGACUCUGGAGCAGUUGGUAUCCCAGGUACACCUGGUCAAAAAGGAGAUCCUGGUCUUCCAGGUGUGGGUCAGCCAGGCAAACCCGGAAAACCGGGACUUCCAGGUAUUCAGGGGCCUCCUGGCCUGAAGGGGUUGCAGGGGGAACCAGGUACCCCUGGCAUAGGAAUCCAAGGGCCAGAAGGAGAACCUGGGCAGAAAGGUUUACCAGGAAAUCCAGGUCCAGAAGGCCAACGGGGCCUCCCUGGAGUUCCUGGUUCCAAUGGUUUAACGGGUGAAAAAGGUGCCAAAGGCGACAAGAAUCUGAGGGAGAUUCUGGCGAGUGCACCUGCCAGCCUGGCCCUCGGACGGACACAAGCCAUGGUCUUCCGGGCGCUCCGGGACUGUGGAUCGGGAACCCCUGGCAGCCUCAGCCAGGCCCUCAGGGACCUCCAGGUGCUCCAGGACCGCCAGGCCCACCGGGAGCCCCAGGAAGUCAGGGAGAUUCUGGCGAGUGCACCUGCCAGCCUGGCCCUCGGACGGACACAAGCCAUGGUCUUCCGGGCGCUCCGGGACUGUGGAUCGGGAACCCCUGGCAGCCUCAGCCAGGCCCUCAGGGACCUCCAGGUGCUCCAGGACCGCCAGGCCCACCGGGAGCCCCAGGAAGUCAGCUACAAAUCAAAACUUGAGAGGGAUAGUGUCACGAUCACGUGA